UUGUAGCUGUCAGGAAAGUCUGGUACAGUUUGAAGGUGCAAAUACAUCAUUAACAUUAAUAUGGACCUUUUUGUUAGGUUACAACUCAAUAUUCUGAUUUGUCCUAUAAAGUUCUUUAAACUCUGACACCGUUUAAGCCAGCUAUCAUUUCUGUACAUUUUGCUUCGGAGAAGUCAGAUUCUCAUCUGCUGUGUUUUUUUAAAGUGCUCUCCGGGCUUUAUGAAAGUCUUUUGCUGCAACCUGAUAUCACAACAAGGCGUGUAUAGACAUGGCAGUCCACCAUGUCCAUUUCACGCUUUUCCUCUACAAAGGAUAUGAGGAUGAACAAUAUAAAAUAUAUACACAUUUAAUUUACUUAAAGCUUGUUACGAAUAGAAACAAAGAGAAAAUGAUGUUAGUACUACUGCUUAUUUGGCAGUAAUGAUGUUGGAGAAUGUUUCAGUUUCAUUUCUUGGUCAGAAUUUAUUACUCAUUAAGGUGUAAAAUCUUUGAACUUCUUCCAAAGUGCAUUUCAGGGUUGUUGCACUGGACCCCAAGUUGAGACCUGUCAGUCAGCUGUGCAACAUCAUUGAACUCGAGAAUCCCAAUAAAAACAGGAUUGGACAGUGGUUAAAUGAAACAUCCAAUAAUAAAAUAUUGCAGCUUUCAUACUCCUUGAACUCUGAGGCCCAUGAAGGAACGUACAAAAUAAUUGUCUCUGUGGGUGAAGAUAAAUUUGUUCACAAAUUCAAGGUGGAAAAGUAUGUUUUACCCAAAUUUGACGUAACAGUAAAUGUAUCUGAAGAAGUGAGUAUUGGCCAGGAAGAAGUUGAUAUUAAAUCAUGUGCAAAGUACACAUUUGGACAGCCUGUUCCAGGAAGUAUUACAGUUACGAUGUGCCGACUUCUUGAACGCUCUAUUUCCUCUGCUAAGAAACACAAGACAGAGGCUCCCUGCCACACAGAGACCAAACGGGCUGAUGGAACAGGCUGUGCAGCUGUUACGUUCAAGAUGUCAACCUUCACCAAAAUUAACAAAAAAUUCCUUAAAGAUCAGCUGAAUGUCAUUGCCAAAAUGGAAGAGAAGGGAACAGGCAUUUCACACAAACAAGAAAUGAAAAUAAGAAUUUCUUUUGUCCUUGGAAAAGCAUCUUUUGUUGAUGUUCCCAAGAUUUGGGAACCAGGAUCAAAUGUGGAGGGAAAAGUUAAAGCAGUUUACUACAAUGAUACACCCAUUUCCAAAGCACCUGUGUACCUGUUUGUGGGAGAACGUUGGUCAGAACGCUUACUAAAAAAUCUAACAACUGACAGCAAUGGUGUCGCUGAGUUUUCAUUCAGCACAGAUAACUUUCAUGAGGAUAUUAAACUCCAUGCAGCCCUGACACCAACCCUAUACUUCCAAAGCCAUAGAACUCCUUUUUAUGAUUUAGGAUUUCACACAGUGUAUACAUCCCAACCUCCUUCUCAAGAUGAAAAAACAUUCAGCUCGCUGAAGCUGAAGAUGAAGGAUAAACCCCUUUCCUGCGAUGCAGAAGAAGACAUAUCUAUUCAGUACACUAUAGUGAGGGAAACUGCAGUUUACAUGGAUGUGGUAUAUCUGGUGUUGUCCAGAGGAGCCAUUGUCAUGCAAGGAUUUAAACAGAUUAAAUUUAAAGAUCAGUCAGUGAAUGAGGGUGAGGUGUCCUUUAAAUUGAGAAUUUCUACUGACAUGGCACCAGUCGUCCAGAUUGUAGCAUAUGCUGUACUUUCCAGUACGAAUGUGAUUGCCCACAGCGCUGACUUCUCUACUGAGAAAUGCUUCAGUCACAAGGUAUGUGUUGGUCACUACCUCUUCUGCCUGCUCACUUCGAUCCUCGUCUUCUAUCCAGCUUGCUGUGCCUUCUUUCCGCCUCACGACCAUGGGAAGCAGAGCUUGCAGCUGCUCUGCUCCCAGAUAUAA